CCACCCCAAACACGUCCAGCUGCCCAAACAGAAGACGCAGGAGGAGUAGAGGACUCGGACAUGGGGAGAAAUCAGCACUGGCCCGUCUGAUAGAGAUCGGUGUUUUUAUUUAUUAAAAAAAGGAGGAAAAGAACCCGAGAGGCCUUUGGAGAUAGAGAGAGAGAGAGAGAGAGAGAGGGAGAGGGAAAAAAGAAAAACAAUUACGGAGAGAAACACAUCCCUGGCACAAAGCUGGAGAUAAAUCAAUGGACUGAAUGAAGACUGCCUAUAACGCCUAUCGAUGCCUGGCCAAGGAUUUGGAUGCGUACGCCAUGAACCCAGAGAUGACAAUGGACAUUGGCAGCCUCAGCCAUGAGCAGGACUUGAUGAGCAGCCACAGCCCCCAUCACAACCGCAAUCCGGGGGCUGCCUUGCGGAUACACCAGGAUCUGACCGUGGCGCCGUCGCGCUCCGCGAUGGUCUCCAGUAUGGCUUCGAUUCUGGACGGCGGCGGCGGCGCAGGAGGAGAGUACCGUCCCGAGCUCUCGCUGCCGCUCCAUCACGCCAUGAGCAUGCCCUGCGACACCUCCCCAUCCGGGAUGAGCGGCACCUACACCACCCUGACCCCUCUGCAGCCCCUGCCGCCGAUUUCCACCGUGUCCGACAAAUUCCACCAUCCGCACCAUCACCACCAUCACCACCAGCGUUUCUCUGGGAACGUGAGCGGCAGCUUCACCCUCAUGCGGGACGAGAGGACUCUACCAGCCAUGAACAACCUCUACAGCCCCUACCACAAAGACAUGAGCGGGAUGGGGCAGAGUUUGUCCCCUCUGGGCAACGGCUUGGGCUCCAUCCACAACGCACAGCAGACGCUCCACAACUACGGCGCGCACAGCCACGAUAAGAUGCUGAGCUCCAACUUCGACGCGCACACUGCCAUGCUGGCCAGAAGUGACCAGCACCUCUCCAGAGGCCUCGGUGGCCCCGCGGCGGGCAUGAUGCCCCACCUCAACGGGAUGCACGGGCAUCCGGGCCACCCUCAAUCCCACGGGCCCGUGUUGGCUUCCAACCGGGACAGACCGCUCUCCUCCUCCUCCUCCGGAGCGCAGGGCUCCAGCUCGGGGCAGCUGGAAGAGAUCAACACCAAGGAAGUGGCGCAGCGCAUCACGGCCGAGCUCAAGCGCUACAGCAUCCCGCAGGCCAUCUUCGCGCAGCGGGUGCUGUGCCGCUCGCAGGGCACGCUCUCCGACCUGCUGCGGAACCCCAAACCCUGGAGUAAACUCAAGUCCGGCCGUGAAACGUUUCGCCGCAUGUGGAAGUGGUUACAGGAGCCCGAGUUUCAGAGGAUGUCGGCCCUUCGGCUUGCAGCGUGCAAAAGAAAAGAGCAAGACCCGAGCAAAGACAGGAGCAAUACACCAAAGAAAUCGCGGCUGGUUUUCACAGACCUGCAGCGGCGAACGCUUCUGGCCAUCUUUAAGGAGAACAAGCGUCCGUCCAAAGAGAUGCAGCUGACCAUCUCGCAGCAGCUGGGUCUGGAACUGAACACUGUCAGCAACUUCUUCAUGAACGCCCGCAGACGCAGCCUGGACAAAUGGCUGGACGAGGGGGGUCUGGGCAACACGUCGUCCACCUCCAGCACUUGUACCAAAGCGUGAUCAGGUGACGGUCAGUUUUUUAAGAGGAGAAAAUCAUUCCGAAGGGCAACGAGAGGAGAGAAGCUGCUUACCGGCUCGAAACACACCGAUCUGUUCAUCCAAAGAGCUAAACGCUGAAGAGAAACCAAAGGGUCUGCAUUCAACAUCUACAUUCAUUUCCAGAAGUGUGUGUGUGUGUGUGUGUGUGUGUGUGUGAGGAGAGAUACUUUCAACUAUAAGGAUGAAUCUCACAAAAACACAUCCAGGUCGCAUUUAAUGCAAUUUAAUACACUCGUUUUCAAGUACAAAUAAUAUUUACUUGAGAAACAAAACAUAUUAAGCUAUUAAAAUUUCAGAUUUGCUUUAAAAAAAAACAAAAUUGCCAAUGUGGCCAGAAAACAAACUGAAUUCGAAUUGAAAACAAUUAUAUAUAAAUAUACAAAGGUAUUAUAUUUAUAUGCAAUGAUAUUUAUUAUUUUACGCAAAAUAAUAUGUUGUUUUCCUUCUCAAACAAAUAUUUUAAAUAUUUAAAAACAAAAAAUAGCUUUUUUUUGCAGUGUAAUUGCAAACAGGCUUUUUAAACAAGAACAACAACAUGAAUAAUAUUAAUAAUAACAUUAAUAAUAUUACAUAAAUAAUAUUAGUAUUGAUGAGAAUAAUAACAAUUGCCACAAAUUCCUAUUGUCGAUUAUUUCUCCUAUUAUUGUUACUGUAAUACGGUCAUUUCUAUUACAGUAAUCCGAUUUUUUUUUUUUGCAUUAUGGUAAUGCAUUUUAAUUCAAACGAAAUAUUAAUGCAUUUUGGAGUGAAACAUGACUUGCAUGUUAUUCUUUGUGAGAUUCACCAAUUGCAUAACCACACAGCUUUAAGAUGGCAUCGGGUCGCAGGUUUUUUCAACUGUGCGUUAGAAAAAACCCCGUCAGAAGCACAAAGCACAACACACGUGAAGGACACGCCGACCGCAGAUCUCUCACACCGUUAUAUUGGCCGGCCGGGUUUGUGAGCACAAUCCUGAAGCACAUUAAAUUUGCAAUAGAACAGGGGCUGGACCACACCGAUUGUUCUUCUAUGGUUAAAAAACAACUCAGGAUGAUAAGACCGAAGAACAAGCAUCUCACGAGCUCAACACACUCAAUGAAUUACAUUGCAAAACACACACACACACAUGCACAUCGCUGUUUGCUGUCAUGACUGUAACCGUAUUAAGCUAAGAAACCAAACACAAGUGAACUGGCAUUGGUGAUCAGGGCCUUUACAAGAGUUUAAGAGGACAAUCUCCACACCAGUGCCAGCCAGUUUAGCUUUCCCAAAGUGUGCAUGACUCCUUCCCUCGUAGUUUCCUAGCUCACUCAUCUCAAAUUCCAUCCCUCGUCCUCAUUUAUUAUUGAACCGACGAACAAACAGAGCCGGUAAGCAGUUCUCUCCCGGGUUACGCUUGGAUCACUCAAAACGGACACUGAAGACUUUUUCUAUUUAUUGACAAAUCGACACCAAAGAAACUUUUUCUGCACCUAACUGUUCUGCAAACGAAUAUGUUCAAAGGAAAAACAACAAAAAAAAAAACAACAACAAAAAAACAAAAACAAAAAAAACAUGACUGUGACAAAGCGGGAACGCCGAGCCGUCGUCUUUGUUGCGCUCGGAUCGGUGGAGACUUUGGAAGCAGAAUGGGAUCGGAAGGGUUUUCGAAUGCGACGGAGCUGUUCCCACGGCAAACGGAGGAUGAUGCGUCUCUCAAAAUGUGUGCCUAUGCAGUUUUUUCAACCAAAAUGGAAAGAACAACGAAAACCUCAUCAGCUACAAUACCAAAGAUUCAGAGUUACUCCCGCCGCAAUUCCCUUCAGUUUCCCGUCCCGCCUGUUCAGGCGCAUUGGCGCGGCACAGAGGGGAUCGCAGCGGCUCUCCUCUCCAAACAUGGGACGUCUAGGGUUCAGCGUUUGGCUCAUUUCAUCCAUUUUGCAGCUAAAACUAAAGGUGUAACUCAGCCUGAUGGGCAUACCAAAGAUAAACGCCUUUAAGCACAUGCAACCUCACUCUUUCCCAUUUUCCCAAGCUGAACGACUCAUUAUGUUAUCGUUUUGCACUCACAUCCCAUCAUAGUCCAAAGAUGGAUCAGUUCCACCAAUCCAGACGUCAUCCAUCCAUCAUUUCCCAACAUAUGCACGCUCGUUUCCAAGCGUUGAAUCCCAAGUCCCUCGUUUGAGAGAGCCGCUGCAGCCGGUUCCAUCACUUGCUAUAUUCCAACUAAAAAGCCAAUAAUCUGCCAAAAACGCUCACUUAAUCUGUAGAGAGGAAACUGCAGACUGUAGGUCGAAUAGCUUUAUCCUUUAGCUUUCUCUCUUUAAAAGCUUCUAGUCCAAAGAUUCUCCAACGCCAGUUGGUUGGAGCUUCAUCUGCUCUUCACGACAGUCAGGUCUUUAGCAACACGGGCCAAAGAGCUUUCCUUUGCUUGUCUUAGUACUUAUAUUUUGCCAAUGCCUCUGUACAAUGUCUUACCCAGGAUUUGCAAUAUGUGAUUUUAUUUAUGUAAUUUAUAUUUGUUAUGAUUGAACUUAAUUUAAAUUAACCAAAACCUCCCCUUUUAUCCUGAUUACUAGCUUGCCAAAGUUUACAUUUACUUCUUUUGCAUGUUGGACACCAUCAGACGUAUUUAUUUAUGACUAGUAUGCAUAGGUUAUUUUUUUGGUUUCUUAAUUAUUUAAUGCUAUUUAAUUAGAUGUAAUUGACUAUUUAAGACUACUAGUGCAUCAAAGAUGCAGUGCUCCUCUUAAUUUAUUAGUUAGCUUUACUUUAAAAAGCAACACAAAGGGUGUAUUUAAUUUUUCUUAGAAAGAUAAUUCUGGAAAUGUGUUAGCGAUCAGGUUUUAGUUGUAAUUUAUGUGUAUGGAAAUUGUUUAGGUUUUGUCUGUCCUUUUUUAUUUUCGAAUGAAAACAAUCUGUCUGAAGGGGCAUUUGCGAUCGAUUUACACUGUUGUGUCGAAGGACGAGCAGCGAAUUUCAGCCGGAUGGUAUACGGAGCCACACGUUAACGGAGAUCAACGCAGAACUCACCAAAGAUAAAUCCCACGGAUGCUGAGAGGCCGUUUGUUCAUUGCUUCACUCGUAGAAGGACGUAGAGGAAUCCCUUAAAAAAACUAGAAAAAGCUGCUUCCAAGACUGACUUGUGUGUGUGUAUAAAAGUCUUUCUAUCUCUAUAGUGAGAACCACAGAGGCUACCUCACUGAAUUUUCCAUUUGUAAUUUUAAUCGUGUUGAUGAAACCAAAGAUACCAAAGAUUUCUUUUUCUCGAGUACGGUCUGCGCUUGACGCCAUGCUUUGGAUAUUUUGAUAAUGCCACUCUCUCUGUUUCCUCUUCUUCCUCUUUCAGACACGAGUCCCUCCUCUCCUCGGAAAAAUAAGUGCAAUGGAGCGGAUGGCACUCGUGUCGAGCUGUACAUUUUAGUGCUGUGUGCUUCUGAUCGCCUCUUACCGGUCAGAAUGUAAAAGACCGUGAUGCAAAAACCAACCCACUAACAAACACCCAUCCUGCACAGAAACAUGAACGUUAUCCCAUAUUCUUUAAUCAAACAGAAAUUUGUAGUUUUGAUGGUUUGUUCUAGUCAAAGUAACUCUAAUGCCGAAUUUACACUGCAAAGGUGGCACAUAAGCGCCUCUGAAGUGGCAUUCAGGUGACUUUACACAGAUUGUUUAAUGCUGCUUAGAAGUGGCAUAAAUGCAUUUAUGCAUUUAAGCAGAAAUUACAUCUGGCUUUUUUGCAACAAAUUUAAAGCAGGCUUAGAGAAGCCUUAACUUCACAUGAUGCAUGCACUGGGCUUAAUACUGCAAGUUUACAAUGAAAAAGUGGCUCAGAAGUGCCUCUGAAAUGGCAUUUAGGUGUUUAUACACAGCCUGUUUAAUGCUGCUCAGAGGUAGCAUAAAUGCAUUUACAUGGCAAUUGCUACUAUAUACAGGCAUAAUUUAGCCUGUCUUUUAUGCAACAUUAGGUUUUAAACUAAAUUUUAAGCAGGCUUGGAGCAGCCUUAACUCAGCUGGCUUUACACUGACUGUUUAAUGCUGCUUAGAGCAGGCAUAAAUGUUUAUAGUUGUCUUCACAGACUCUUUGAUGCUAGUCAAAAGUGGCAUAAAUGCAUUAAUUUCAUAUGCUGCAUUGCAUUUUGUAGAGAUUUCCAACUGCCUACAAUUAUGGCAUCUUUACACAGCUGAGAUAGCAAGUGGAACUGUAUAAAGGUAUAAUUUAUCCUGGUUUUUAUGCAGCAUUGAGCAGCCUUAACUCAGCUGUAUUUAAACAGACUGUUUAAUGCUGCGAAGAGGAGGCAUAAAUGCAUUUACACAGCAAUUUCAACUGUAUACAGGUAUAAUUUAGUCUGUUUUUAUGCUGCAUUGCGUCUUUAAAUUUUAAGCAGGCUUAAAGCAGCCUUAACUCAGCUGUGUAAAAACCAGCACAUCAAAAGCUGCUGUACAAUGUAUGCACUUAGCAUUAAUAAAAUUUAUUAUAAAAAAUAAUACAAUUUACAUCGCAAAUGUGGCACAGAAGGCCUGUGAAGUGACAUUUAUAGUUGUCUUCACAGACUUAAAUGCAUUUUUGUCACAAGCUGCAUUGCAUUUUGUAGAGAUUUCCAACUGCCUACAAUUAUGGCAUCUUUACACAGCUGAGUUAAGGCGGCUUUAUGCCUGCUCGGAAAUUCAGUGAUGCUGCAUUAAAGCCAGACUUAGACUUAAUAUCAAAUAUAUAGUUGCAAUUGCUGUGUGAAUGCAUUUAUGCCACUUUUAAGCAGUAUUAAACAGUUUGUGUAAAGAGGCCUAAAUGCCACUUCAGAAGCGCUUCUGUGCCACCUUUACAGUGUAAAUUUGGCAUGAAAGAAAUGUGGUGUAGAAACAAUUUCUUACAGAGAAAUUGCAGUUAAAAAGAAACUAGAAACAAGUAAAUUUUAAAACUGAAAGAUUUAAUUUAAAACAUUACAUUUUUUUACAGCAUUUUGAAGUGCAAUAAAAUGCCAAUUUGGACAUUGCCACACCUCCACAAUUUUCAUAUAGAUUAUGAUGAUAAACAUGAACUUUUAAGCAAAUAAAAUACAUAAAUUAGUCAAAGUUAUUUCAUCACAUGAAGAUAAAACCCGUUUAGCAAACCUCAAGUAAAAAUACACCCAGUAUUUAGUGUUUUCUUUCUCAAAAAUCCAUUCUGGCAAAAAUAAUGUUGGUGUUUCUGUGCACGACGAACUCUAAAACCAAAGACUAAAUCGAAUCAUCUCAUAGCAGACCGAAGGGACUGGGUAGGGACGACUUUCAGGAAAACGUGGCUAAAUACGCACCACAAACGGCAGAUGGGAUGGUAUUGAUCCGUUCUGCUGCAGGUCGUACAUCAUUCCGUCCUGUUGCAAAACUAACACAUUUACUUGUAAAAACAGCAUCUGUUAACAGGGACGCAAGCGUGUCCCGCAUCGAUCGUAAGGUCAUUAGGUCAAUAUUCUUAGCGGUGAGUCCGUGUUUAUGACGUGGAUGGAAUCUGAUCAUUGCAUCGAUUAAACCAAAACAGAUUCUCGUCGGUUUCCAUCCCAAAGUGAUAUUUGUUUCCACCCCGACAAAGACGUAGAGAGCGCUUUAGUUGCAAAGUAUGAGAUAUUGUUGGAUGAGUGCCUUGCUUGAACCAAAGCGAAGUUUGACCUCUCUGUUUCUUCUUCUGUUAGUACCUCAGCGACAGGAAAAAACCUGCGAGACGCGGUUUUCAUACAGCUUUGCAAUGCAAUCCUGCAGAGAACAAAAGACUAACUAUACCAAAGGCUUUCUAGACUUGACUUUUUCUUUCUUUUGAAUGGUUGCAAAGCUUUAAAUAAGAAAGAAACCCCUGAGGCAUGUCGAGGGCGCAGACCGUGCUUUUCUUACCAAAUUUUUCUCGGAUAUACCUCAUAGAAGAUAGUGUUAGGGUAUUGUUAUUAUAGCGUAUGUAUUAAAUUAUUCACUUACUCUUAUUUUUUAGUAACUGUGACUUAAGACAAACCAAGAAAAAAAAGCUUUAUACAUCUUAAGUUGUGUUUUUUUUUUUUUUUUUUGUAAUAGCUGAGGUUCGCUUACCAAAAAAGAAAAAAAGAAAAGAAAAAAAACACAAUGCUUGUCUUUUUCUCUCUUGUUAUUGUGACAACUUUCACAUAUGUUUUGUGGUGCAACUUUUUUUUUGUUUUCUCCAUGACUUUAUAUUUGUGAAGGGUGGCUCAUAUUUUUAACAAGGAUGUUAUUUUUGGAUCGGGAAUUGGUUUGUUGCUAGAAUGAGCCUCUAGUUUUUUUAGUCGUUGUACAGCUUCGCUUUCAUUCACACCAUACAUUUCUCCUUCGAUUCUUCGUUGCAUGUGAAAACAGCAUUGCAGCGUCAUUCAAUGCCGCAGCCUUGAUUUAUGCAUGAAUAUCUCUACUGCUUUAGCUAGCGUGUCAUGCAUUGUCGUCAAUAGCUUCAGAGUUUGGAUCCGUCUUGUUUUGUUUUAACUGAGCCUCGUUUUUUGCAUGUCGGCCUGAUUGGAUGUCUAUCGAAACAGCGUGCACUUGAUCAGGAAUGCGUUUCCCAAACUAAGUUAGCAACUUUGUUGGUUGCAAUGCAAUUUCCCAUUGCCAACCAACUACGUUGCUAACAGGUUAGCAUCUAUGGUUUUGGGAAACGCACCCCAGUUCGGACGAAUUGUUCUGAUCGAGUGCACCGUGACUGUUAAUCUUCCAUUCUCACAAACAGAAACCGAUCAUCUAUAUCGAACAGGGACAUAAUACAAUGUUUGUUUGAACACCAAAUUUGACUCCAAAAUUGGAUUUUUUAGCGAAUCGUUAUGCUCUAAAUACAUCUACAACACCAAUCCUAUCCAAAAAUACAACAACUAAACAUGCAAUGUCCUCAAAUACAGUUAAAAUGUACCAGACAAUCUACUUCUUAUGUAAAAAACCCUUUGAGUCACAGGCGUUUCAGGAGUUGUUUAACUGAGUAUUGGCGUCUUGUGUUGUCCAAAGAUCACGUAUGUAACUGGAUGUAUGUAACGAUGGAUGUAACGUUGAACCGCUCGUCGAACACGACCGCGGUGUAUUAUGGACUGUAUUCCAAAGAUCUGCUGUUUUGAUUCGAAUUGGAAUUAUUUUCUUUUCCAUCGUCUUUGUUCAUUUGUUGGUUUGUUGAAUCAUGUAAAAAUUGAUUUUUGUUGUUGGAAAUCAUGAGAGAAAAUUGAUCAAAUUUUAGUUUUGCAUUCACGAUCAACGUCUUUGAAACAUUCAAAGUUCAUGUUCUUCCACAAAAAAAUUUUGACCAUAAAUAAAGAGAACAAGUGAUUUUAUUUCGAAACCAUGUUUCAUCAAUCACAAUAAAACCUGUCUUGUGAUGUACAUUGA